AUGCGAUUGGUGGAAACACAUUAUAAUCUAGCCAGUACGCUGGUUCAAGAUAUCCCCAUGAAGGAAGAGGCCAAUACGAAUGCUAGCAGCGCGAUGUACGGUGUGGAGCUGAUUCAUCAAGCCGAAGCGCACGAUCUUUUGCAACGAGUUAGUCUCGCAGAUCAGCUUCUGAUUCGUACGGACGAAGACGCGGAAAAGAUCAGUUCCCUACAACGUCCCAACUCGGGAUUCUCCAAAACUCUAGGGAUUAAAUGGGUGACACCCAAAUCCGCUGAUUCUGGUUUUUUGCGUUAUGCAAUUGCAGCGUAUCGAGUGACGUUAGCUGAUGUUGGAAACCGAGCUUCCACUUGUCUUGCGCAAUUUGUUCUAAGCGGUCGUUCAGUCGCCCUGGCCCACAGACUCCCGGUUAGCCUGCCUCUUAUUCCGCAAGCCCACUCAGAACUUCUACCCACUUAUUCAAACACAGAAGGCUUACUACUGACCUGUCAUGGCUCGGUCAUGUAUUUGCAUGUACUGGCCGCUUUGUGCCCAUUGGCACACCCUCCGCUCGUGCCACUGAUUACUAGUCGAGAUUCGGAUGGGGAACUGCCGACUGAGGUGCGAUUACAGGCAUUCAUUGGUCAGCUUACUCGUUCUGCUAGACUGGCACCAGCUUCUGCUCGCCUCACCUACACUGUGGCCCCAAGGGAAAGAGGUGUUGUGGUCUACUCCGAGGAAUUCGAUAUCAAGUCCUAUUGUUCUUAUCGCUGUUUGGCUGAUACGUGCCUCUCUGUCCUAGACAUAAAGGAUUUCCGCAAACGUUGA